CUGCUUCCAUAAAAUUCCAUAUUCUUUUUGCCCAACAUAUGUUCAAUAGAUUGUAAAGUGGGUAUUGUGAUGGUUUGGUUGCCAAUAGCUUGGAUAUGUAGCAAAAUUAAUUUCUGAACCUUAUGGGCUAUUGAUUUUUUUUACCCCCACUGCCGCGGCUGUUAGAAUACGUCACGAUACAGGAAGUAAACAAACAGAAGUUGCUGUCAAAAGCUGUCACGAUGAUGAUGCUCCUAGGAAUCUCGAAAGAGUUGUAAUGACUGAAUUUUUGACCAGGCACAGCUGUGGUCCAUGAAGCCCCUACAUGUCCCAGCCUGAGGCAGCCCAGGGACAGGGCAGCAUAUCUGGUAUGCUGAGCCAGAUGAAUCUGCUAGGACUGGGUGUUUUGCUGGCCUGGCUAGUGUUGUUCCACCUACUGGUCGACAUAUGGCUCCUGUGUGUGUUCACCAGUCUGCUGGUGGUGCUGGGGGGCUGGCUGUGCUCUCAGUUUGUGCUGAACUCAGACAACCUGCUCCACGUGGAGAGGUUCGUCAGCUUGGAGGAGACCCCCCAAACAGCCGAAGAUGAACAAAAACUAGACCUGGAGAUCCAGAACACCAUCAGGAAGAUCGUACGGGACUUUGUGUGGUCUUGGUACAGCACGGUGUCGUCGGAGUGUGAGUUUGAGGUGGAGGUUCACAACGCUAUGUACUCUAUGGCCCUGGAGCUGAAGAGGCGGGCCGGGCUGGUGGACCGGAGAGAGCUGACCCAGAGGGUGCUGGACCUGUACGGCUGCCACUUGCAAAGCUACUUCAGGUCCCUGGAGGUGCUGGAGGAGCAGGGCGAUGACGAGGCAGAGUGUCUAUGGAGGGUGUACUCCAGAGUCAGCUCCCCCCACCCUGCCCUGAAGAGCUCAGCCACAGAGGUGAACCAGGCACGGGCCAUGGUGGAUCUGCUUCUUCAGGUGCUAGUGCCCGCGCCACACCUGGAGACCCGCACAGGAAGGUUUGUGGUUGGCGAACUCAUCACCUGCAACGUCUUAUUGCCCCUCAUCUCCAAACUGUCCGACCCAGACUGGCUCAACAUGCUCAUUGUGGGCAUUUUUACCAAUUCAGCUAAACCAGCUCCGCCCCCGCCUGAGACCAUGCCCCCUCUCCAGGAGCCGCCGAUCCAGCAUGAGGAGCCUCAGCAGGAGGUGGCCACCCCUCCUUGCCCUUUAACCUUCUGUAUCCAGCCGGUCACACCCAAUGACAUGGAAGCAGACACCCCAGAACUAGCUGCCUAUGACAUCAUCGAUUCAGAAGAGCUGUACUGCCCUCAGAUCCUGGAGGAGGAGGAGCCUCAACCGUACCUGAGGCAGUAUCGGCGGCCCGGGAAGUCCAACCCCUUUUACCAGGAGAACGACUCUGACCUGGACUCUCCCCUCACAGACAAGAGGAGCUCCAUGGAGUCCCUGCUCAUGAUUGGUCCAGAUGAGGCGCUGGCUGACCGGUUCCGGGAUUGUGCCACGCCAACUGACGUCAGCAGUGUGGUGGACCUGGAGGACGACCUCCAGUCUUACCCCGGCCUAUCAGAGAACCUGUCCUGCCCCAGGGUUCACCUGGAGCAUCCUGAAAGCUACAGACCUCAUCUGGGGUCCUCUGAUCCCGCUUCCUCCUCCAGCCUGAGCAGCCUACAGGAGCUGGACAGAGACAGGGAGAGUGUCGGCACGUCGGACAGAGAGCUGCUGCUGGGGGUGCCUGAGGGUGUGACUGUGGGGGGGACCCUGCCCUCCCCCCAGGCCUCGUUCAGCUUCCAGCCCCUCAGCAGUCCUGAUGGACCCAUCAUCAUCCAGAACCUCCGUAUCACUGGCACCAUCACCGCCAUGGAGCACCGCGGCACCAGCUCCCAUCCCUACACCCUGUACACUGUCAAGUAUGAGACGUCGAUGGGCUGUGAGCCCCCUGCUGCAGACUCUGACCAGUCAGUGGCUUACCACACUGUCAACAGACGCUACAGCGAGUUCCUCAACCUGCAGACCCGCCUGGAAGAGAAACAAGAACUACGCAAGAUCCUCAAGAGUGUCAAGGGGCCAAAGAAAGUCUUUCCAGACCUGCCUUUUGGGAACAUGGACAGUGACCGAGUGGAGGCCAGAAAAGGCCUUCUGGAGACCUUCCUGAAGCAACUGUGUAGCAUCCCUGAGACCGCCAACAGCGAGGAGAUGCAGGAGUUCCUAGCUCUCAACACAGACGCCAGGAUUGCCUUCGUCAAGAAGCCUUUCAUCGUGUCACGCAUAGACAAGAUGGUGGUGAAUGUCAUCGUGGACACGCUGAAGACGGCGUUCCCCCGUUCAGAGCUGCAGAGCCCGACUGAGGACACGGACGGAGAGACGGAGGGAGGGAGGAGCACGUCUGACAAGAAGAGCCGAUCACGCCUGAAGUUUUCCAGUAAGAUGGCUCCUGUCCUGAAUGGCUCUGAUAUCAGGUCCCAGGUGGUCUAUGGUGUUGCUGGCACCCGUCCGGUGUGUGGCCGUCAGUCCCUGGACCACCUGGAGGCCUUCCUGAGGGAGCAGGAGAGGCUGGCGGGCCGGCUGGGGGGGGCUGAGCUGGGGCUGGAGGGCCAGCAGGACGGGCCCCCUGUCAGAGGAAAGGCAGAGUGCUGUGGCUGCCAGCAGAACAGCUUAAAAGGAGCCACUGAACAGGACACAGCAUCUGAGACGGCCCUGGCAGAUACGGCGCUGAACAUUGUGUGUGUGCUGAUCAGGGACCAGUGGAGCUGGCUGUGUAGUGAGAACUUCCAGAAGACCCUCCGGCUGCUGUUUGGAACCCUCAUCAACAGGUGGCUGGAUGUGGGGGUGGCUAACCUGUUGUGUACCCAGUACUGGGUGGCAUACCUGAGGGGGCUGCAGGAGGCCAUCUGGCCUGGGGGGUCACUGCCCGCACAGCCCCGCCCUCAACGCACCCCCCAGCAGAAGGUGGAGAGCAAGGAGGAGGCACACAGCUGCCUCAUGAGCCUCAUACCUGGCCUGGUGUCAGACAUCCUGGGAGAAGACAAGUUUAAACGCAGCUGGAAUUCUGUUUUAGAGUCUUUGCAGGAUCCCAAUAUAAACAGACACCUGGUUUACAGUUUGAGGGACAUCCUGCUGGAGGUCCUGGUUCCUGAGUCUUCUGAAGAGGACUUCCAGAAGACUUUGCUGCACAGUCUGUCCAAAAACCAUGAGAAGCUGCCGCCCUGAGACACACACACACACACACACAUAACUGGACACUCACACGGACACACACACACACACACACACACACACACAGGCACAGACACACUGAUGUAUUUUUGAAGGAUUUCUUUUUGACUGAACGCAUGUUGUACUGUGAAUUAGUGAUCCAUGUUGAGUCCCUGCCUCCUACACCCUGCCUUUUUACGCCCUGCUUCCUACGCCCUGCCUCCUACACCCUGCUUCCUACACCCUGCCUCCUAACCCUGCCUCCUACACCCUGCCUCCUACACCCUGCCUCCUACACCCUGCCUCCUACACCCUGCCUCCUACUUUUCAUGUAUCCUCUCUCGUCUCCUAGUCUGUGUCCUAUGAUAGUCAGUCACAUAGAUGUUUCUGCCCAUUCCCCUUAUGGUCUUAAUCACACAGAUUGUCUUAAAGUACCUGACACUUUACAGCUGCUCAAACACACCACGGGCCAGCCUCAUGUCCAUGUAGAGGCCCUGCAGGAAGGCAGUUUAGUAGAACCAGAUAUUUAUGUUGUUUUAGGACCAGACACUCUUAUCUUCCUCCCAGGGCCUUAGGUCUAUGGCUCACAGCAGCUUGUUGUCAUGGGAGACAUUCUAGAAGGUUUAUAAAACUUCCAGAAUGUUCUUCAGGCAGCUGUGUUGCACAGACCGGAGACAACUAAUUCUUUAAAAUUCUUCAUCACUUUAAUGUUUGUUUAGGUCUGCCUAAAGUGGUCAAGGUUGUCUUUAUUGGAAGCGGCCCAUUGGUUCCACUGUGUCAGACAGGAACCAUCAAUCAUAGAUACAUUGAAAUAAAUAUGCCAGACAGUAUCAGGACGCUGUUAUGGUGUUAGCGUAGGGUCAUAUAAGAGAGGCACUAGUAUGUCCUGACACCUGCAUUCAACUUUACACCCCAAUCAUCCAUUUUAAUGUGUUUGGGAUUUAUUGUGAUAUCGUAUUUAUUUACAUAAUUUAUUUGAUUCAUUGUAAAUAUUGAUUGAUUCCUAUGUAUUUAAAAAUGCCAGUAACAUUCCUUUCAAUAGAAAGUCUUAACUGAGGUCUGCCUUGAAACAUGACAUCUGUCUUUGUGUCUGCAUGGCUGUCUGCCUGUCUUCAUCAGGAACACCAGCCAGACAAGCAGAGACUGUCAGUUUGCCAGCUUUGUCUAAGGAUAGCAUGCACGUUAUGGUACAAAGAAGUUUGUGCAACAGUUGAAGUUACAUUCCUUGUGGACACAUGUCCAAUAUUUGUUUCAUACUUUCACAUCAACAUCACCUCCUCUGUAUGUGUCUUACCACCCCUCCUCAAUGCCACGCCCACUGUUUACACAUCUGAACUCUGACUCCCUGAAAGGUGUCAUUCUCACAGCCAGUACUGCUCCAGUUACAGAAACACUGAGGCCUGCUCAUGCCUGCUGUCACGGCUUCUGUUAGGUUCUACAUGUGAUGUACCCAAUGUUUACACGGAUGCCAUAGUAACCAGUGGUACUAGAAGUGCUUGUGGCUGUCCAUGUGUCUGCAGUGGGCCUCACUGACUGGGGCUCCGUUCAGACGUGCUCCAUAGUCCAGCAGGGCCAAGCUGCUGGGUGUGGAUGUGAUGAUGAGCUCUCAAUGGAGUCUGACAGACGUGUCACUACCAUUAAAGCAAUCCAUGGAAACAUGAGCUGAUCUUUGAGUUCUCAUGAAAUCUAGGAGGUUUUACUGCCAGGGGAGAUCUGAUCAAGUCCAGCUCCACACAGGAUAACCCUGUUGUGUGCUCCCUGUGUCUUGGUGCCUGUUGACUCUGUUACCGCUGGUUCCUAGCCCCAUGAUGACAUGACAUCAUGGAUGCUGAUCUAUGAAUGUGUCUGUACUUGUGAAUUUAGUUACAAUGUCGUAACAACUAAUGAAGUUCAUGAACCUACCUGUGAAAAAUAAAGAAAAUCUGAAC